AUGAAUGCUUCAGUUCUUGGCUCCCUGGGAAAUAGUUCCAGCCACCUGAAUUUUUCGGAGAAGAACUCGCAGAUCUUACAGUUUGAGGAUGAAGAUUGCCACGUGCCUUUGGCCAUGGUCUUCACCUUGGCCUUGGCUUAUGGGACCGUGAUAAUUCUGGGAGUCUCUGGGAAUCUGGCCCUUAUUGUCAUUAUUUUAAAACAAAAGGAAAUGCGCAAUGUUACUAACAUCCUCAUUGUCAACCUGUCCUUUUCUGAUCUUCUAGUGACCAUCAUGUGUCUUCCCUUUACCUUUGUGUAUACCUUAAUGGACCACUGGAUUUUUGGGGAGGCCAUGUGCAAAUUGAACCCUUUCGUGCAAUGUGCCUCAAUCACCGUCUCGGUCUUUUCUUUAGUCCUCAUUGCCAUUGAGCGCCACCAGCUUAUCAUCAACCCCCGAGGCUGGAGGCCGAACAACAGGCAUGCCUACAUGGGGAUUGCUGCCAUAUGGAUUUUAGCCACAGCUUCCUCCUUGCCUUUCCUGAUCUACCACGUGCUAACAGACGAACCCUUCAGAAACAUAACGUUUGAUGAAUAUAAGGACAAAUAUGUGUGUUUGGACCUGUUCCCCUUGGACACUGCCCGGCUUUCUUAUACCACGACUCUGUUGGUGAUUCAGUACUUUGGACCGCUUUGUUUUAUAUUUAUUUGCUACUUAAAGAUAUACAUACGAUUAAAAAAAAGGAACAACAUGAUGGACAAGAUGAGAGACAAUAAGUACAGAUCCUCUGAAACCAAAAGGAUCAACAUCAUGCUGAUCUCAAUAGUGGUUGCCUUUGCCGUUUGCUGGCUGCCUCUGACCAUCUUCAAUAUCGUGUUUGAUUGGAACCAUGAAAUUCUGCCCGUUGCUACCUGCAGCCACAACCUCUUGUUCCUCAUCUGCCACCUCACCGCCAUGAUCUCCACCUGUGUGAACCCCAUCUUCUAUGGGUUUCUCAACAAGAACUUCCAGAGGGACCUGCAGUUUUUAUUCCACUUUUGCCACUUCCGCUCCCGUGAGGAGGAUUAUGAGACCAUAGCCAUGUCCACCAUGCACACAGAUGUUUCAAAAACCUCUCUAAAGCAGGCAAGCCCAGUCGCAUUUAAAAAAAUAAAUAGCGAUGAUGAUGACAAAAUAUAA